AUGCCUGUACCAGCCCUCUCCGUACCACUGCCACAAGCCCUCUCCCAUGCCUGUACCAGCCCUCUCCGUACCACUGCCACAAGCCCUCCUGCAUACCUGUACCAGCCCUCUCCCUACCACUGCCACAAGCCCUCUUCCUACCACUGCCACAAGCCCUCUUCCUACCACUGCCACAAGCCCUCUCCGUACCACUGCCACAAGCCCUCUUCCUACCACUGCCACAAGCCCUCUCCCUACCACUGCCACAAGCCCUCUCCCUACCACUGCCACAAGCCCUCUCCCUACCACUGCCACAAGCCCUCUCCCUACAACUGCCACAAGCCCUCUCCCUACCACUGCCACAAGCCCUCUCCCUACCACUGCCACAAGCCCGCUCCCUACCACUGCCACAAGCCCUCUCCCUACCACUGCCACAAGCCCUCUCCCUACCACUGCCACAAGCCCUCUCCGUACCACUGCCACAAGCCCUCUCCGUACCACUGCCACAAGCCCUCUCCGUACCACUGCCACAAGCCCUGUCCCUACCACUGCCACAAGCCCUCUCCCUACCACUGCCACAAGUCCUCUCCCUACCACUGCCACAAGCCCUCUCCGUACCACUGCCACAAGCCCUGUCCCUACCACUGCCACAAGCCCUCUCCCUACCACUGCCACAAGCCCUCUCCGUACCACUGCCACAAGCCCUCUCCCUACCACUGUCACAAGCCCUCUCCCUACCACUGCCACAAGCCCUCUCCCUACCACUGCCACAAGCCCUCUCCCUACCACUGCCACAAGCCCUCUCCGUACCACUGCCACAAACCCUCUCCCUACCACUGCCACAAGCCCUCUCCGUACCACUGCCACAAGCCCUCUCCGUACCACUGCCAAAAGCCCUCUCCCUACCACUGCCACAAGCCCUGUCCCUACCACUGCCACAAGCCCUCUCCCUACCACUGCCACAAGUCCUCUCCCUACCACUGCCACAAGCCCUCUCCGUACCACUGCCACAAGCCCUGUCCCUACCACUGCCACAAGCCCUCUCCCUACCACUGCCACAAGCCCUGUCCCUACCACUGCCACAAGCCCUCUCCCUACCACUGCCACAAGUCCUCUCCCUACCACUGCCACAAGCCCUCUCCGUACCACUGCCACAAGCCCUGUCCCUACCACUGCCACAAGCCCUCUCCCUACCACUGCCACAAGCCCUCUCCGUACCACUGCCACAAGCCCUCUCCGUACCACUGCCACAAGCCCUCUCCGUACCACUGCCACAAGCCCUCUCCCUACCACUGCCACAAGCCCUGUCCCUACCACUGCCACAAGCCCUCUCCCUACCACUGCCACAAGCCCUCUCCGUACCACUGCCACAAGCCCUCUCCCUACCACUGCCACAAGCCCUCUCCCUACCACUGCCACAAACCCUCUCCGUACCACUGCCACAAGCCCUGUCCCUACCACUGCCACAAGCCCUCUCCCUACCACUGCCACAAGUCCUCUCCCUACCACUGCCACAAGCCCUCUCCGUACCACUGCCACAAGCCCUGUCCCUACCACUGCCACAAGCCCUCUCCCUACCACUGCCACAAGCCCUCUCCGUACCACUGCCACAAGCCCUCUCCCUACCACUGUCACAAGCCCUCUCCCUACCACUGCCACAAACCCUCUCCCUACCACUGCCACAAGCCCUCUCCCUACCACUGCCACAAGCCCUCUCCGUACCACUGCCACAAACCCUCUCCCUACCACUGCCACAAGCCCUCUCCGUACCACUGCCACAAGCCCUCUCCGUACCACUGCCACAAGCCCUCUCCCUACCACUGCCACAAGCCCUGUCCCUACCACUGCCACAAGCCCUCUCCCUACCACUGCCACAAGCCCUCUCCGUACCACUGCCACAAGCCCUCUCCCUACCACUGCCACAAGCCCUCUCCCUACCACUGCCACAAACCCUCUCCGUACCACUGCCACAAGCCCUGUCCCCUGUCCCUACCACUGCCAACUGCCAUAAGUCCUCUCCCUAACCCUGCCACUAGUCCUCUCUUACUACUGCCACAAGCCCUCUCCCUACCACUGCCACAAGCCCUCUCCCUACCACUGCCACAAGUCCUCUCCCUACCACUGCCACAAGCCCUCUCCGUACCACUGCCACAAGCCCUGUCCCUACCACUGCCACAAGCCCUGUCCCCUGUCCCUACCACUGCCAACUGCCAUAAGUCCUCUCCCUAA